GAACAUACUUGUGCACAUAACCCUUGACACAUUCUAGUGCUUCAUUUGGUAGUAGCUAUUAGAAAAUCUAACAAAUUUCUUGUGAUAUUUUUUUUAUAUCUUAGAAUAUUUUAGAAUAUCCUUGAUAAUGUUUUUUUAUUUUAUGAUUUUGCUUUCUUAUUUAAUCAGCAUCUUUGUAAUUAUGGGUCUAAUUGUAUCAUAGGAAUGGGAAUAUUAUUUCGUAUAUAUAUUUGUUUCAUUACUUCAAUAUUGUGUACUCACAGUUUCAAUAUUUCUUGCAUCUUAUUUGCUCUUUUUAAAAACCUCAUAUUAGAGCUGUACCGAUUAGUCUCCUCUUCCAUCGUGUCUCUUUUUUUCAAUGUCACUAUCAUUUUUCUGCUGUCCUAAUUGUUUUACCACUGCAAAAAUAUGUGGCAAGUGUUGUUCGGCAACAUUGACUUUCCCAAUAGGUAUUUGCCAGCACCAACUUUUCUAGCGACACACAUUGUGCUUGCCUCCUUUCAGGAGUUUGUCCUUUUAUUUCUGAUCAUGGCUUCCUCUAGUACUACACCUCAGUCCAUUGAUAAUCCCCUGACAACUUUUUCUAUGUAUGAAGAUUUCCUCUACUGUACUUCUAUUCCCAUCCACGAUCAUUGGCUCUUUUGCCGCAAAUCAACCAUAUUUACGGUCUCCAGUUAUAUUGCAUUCAAGCUUCCAAAUGAGGUUGAGGAAGUUGGACCUUGCUUUGCUUGAUUGUUUGCCAAGAAAUUUCUCAGUUUGAUGAUUAUUCUUGCUAUUUGGCUGCGCCAUCUUUGUAGUAAUUCUCUCUCGGUUCUCCAGCAUCCGAAUUACCUUUCCAACAAUUGUUUUUGGUGGAACUCAGUUUUUAUGUUUUCUAACUGUUUAUUAUUUGUGGGGAAGUGAAUUGUUUUUCUUGCAACAAGUUGAAAGCUUAGUAAGAUAUAACCCGAGGGGGAUUGUUAGAAAAAUAUAGGUAAUAUUUGAUGAUACUUUUUCUAAACCUAAAAGUAUUUUGGAGUAUCCUUGACGAUUUGUUAGGAUUUAUUUUUAUUUUAUAUGCUAUGAUAUUUUUCCUUAUUUAAUUAGGAUCUUUAUAAUUUUAGGCCUAUUAUAUGAUGUGAAUAGGAAUAUUAUCUCUAAUAUUUAUUUGUAUUGCGUUAAUUCUAUACAAAAUGUACACCAAUGUGUAGUCAAGAAGACACAGUUUCAAUAUUAUCUAUUUUUCUCUUAUUUGAAAGGGCAGUAGCCACAAAGUAAAAAAGAACAAAGAUGUUUUCAUUUAUCAUUUAAGUGAUUAUUAAAUCAUAACAUUAUUAUUUGGCCUCAACCUAAAUGAGAAUUACACAUCACCAAUCAUUUUUUAUCUU